AUGGCUAGCGAGGCGUGCUGCAAGUUGGCUCCGGUCACUGUUGACUACACCCCCAAGGGCAAAUACGAGAAGAUUGCCGGCAUCAACACCUACAUUGUGGGACCUGAGAAUGCCACCAAGGGAAUUGUCGACAUCUACGACAUCUUCGGCAUCUGGCCUCAGACCAUCCAGGGCGCUGAUCGUCUCUCCGCUCACACAGGAUUCCUCGUCCUGGUGCCCGAUUUCUUCGAUGGCCCAGGCCUGGACAUCAACUCCAUCCCCAUGGACACGGAGGAGAAGCAGAAGACGGUGAAUGCCUUUUUCGGCUCUACUGGCAACCCUCAGGCCAACCUCGAGAAGCUGCUGGUUCUCCGCAAGGCGCUGACGGAAAAGUUUCCGGCCGUAGAGGGCAACUGGGGUCUUUUCGGCCUCUGCUGGGGUGGCAAGCUGGCUGUUUUGGCUUGCGGAGAGGGCAACGAGGGUGUUGGCCGACGAUUCGAGGCCAGCGGAACCGCUCAUCCUGGUCUCCUGGAUGAGAACGACGCCAAGGUCCAGACGGCUCCUCACAUCCUGCUGGCCUCCAAGGAUGAGCCUGCCGACAAAGUUGCUCUGUACAAGGAGAUUAUGGGCGACAAGAUUGAUGUUACCACUUAUGAGACUAUGCACCACGGAUGGAUGGGCGCCAGAUCUGACCUGAAGAACGAGGAGAAUGUCAAGGAGUUUGAGCGAGGCUAUAAGCAGGCCGCCGAUUUCUUUGUCAAGCAUCUUUAA